AUGUCUCUACUCGUAGUUGUGUUCCUCCUCGAACUCGCGCUGUACCUCAUCACCACAGUUGGUGCGAAGCCGAUCAAUGAGUUGCUAUGGCAGCUUUGGUGUAGGACGCCAUUUGGCCACUCCAAAGAUUUUCAAGACCAGAUCCGACUUCGACGAGAUGUCGUCAACAAGAAGCGGGAGCUUGCGGGCAUUAGUGCGCAAGACGAUUUCGCGAAGUGGGCCAAGCUGCGACGACAACACGACAAGGCACUGGAAGAGCAUGAUAAGAAAGCCGCUGCCGUCAGCGCUGGCCGCAGCAACUUUGACUCUCGAGCCACUAUGUUUCGCUGGGCGUGCACAAGUGGUGUCAAAUUUCUUUUACAGUUCUGGCACGCAAAGACGCCCAUCUAUACCUACCCUCGCGAGUGGUUCCCAUGGCCCAUCGAAUUCAUUCUCGGCUUCCCUCGCUGCCCGUAUGGCGGGGUGAGCAUCAACAUCUGGAGCAACUCAUGCGCUCUUGUCAUUGCUUUAGUAGGCGAGCUUGUUGCAUACGCAUCCCGCUACGUGCAGGAGAUCCGGAGCAGACAGCCACAGAAGGUAGCAAUGGAGGCAAAGAAGGCCAAAUAG